AUGACAUCUUCCUCAGAUGCAAAAGGCAUUGUGGACGUGAUGCCUGGGUCCUGUAUGGAGAGAUACAGACUAUACCUGUACAUAUGUAGGUUAUCUUCUGUACCCAGUACCAGGACAUAAAUACAGCUGUUGACACAUAUCACAGUGUAGGUGUCCUGAUACGCCAGUUCACUGGUUUAUCGUCGGACAGGAGGGUGCUACACGAAUACAUAUAAGGAGAGAAAAUUACAACGAUCUCGAAGUAGCAUGGCACAACACAAAGGUUGUACGGCCAUGAUCCCUCGGAUUUUAACACUCUGUGUUGGGUGUCUAGGCAUGAUAACAGCCGGUUCUAUCUAUGCCUUUGGAGCGUAUAAUGUUGCCGUCAAAAAGCACUUCAACUACACUCAAUCCGAAGUGGAAACAAUAGCUUCAAUGAGUAACUUUGGUAUAUCAUUUGGUAUUCCUGCUGGUUUUAUGUGUGAGCGCCUUGGAGCCCGCUGGACCUCACUGUCGGCUCUACUGAUAUCCUGUCUUGGCUUUAUGUUGCUAUGGAGUACAACGGAAAUGAAGGAUUACUACGCGCACACCGCGCCACUGCAAUAUCUAUAUUUCUUCCUGGCAGGUUUCGGAGCAAUUUUCAUGUACAUGGCAAGUAUGAUUACCAAUAUAAACAACUUCCAUCCAAAGCACAGAGGCAAGGUGAUCGGUAUUCUGGAUGCUUCAUUCAGCGGCGGACCAGCACUCUUCGCUUUCCUGUUUGGGGAAUGUUUCAUUAAUGGUCAUGUCAAGGAUGAACAGAAUCAGAACCUUAACGGAUUUUACCUAAUGAGUGCUAUAUGUUUUGGAGUCGUCGGUCUUAUGGGUAUCAUUGGCCUGAAAUCGUAUGAAACUGACAUCAGUGAAACCGAUCUGAACUCAUUAAUAUCUAGUCCAAGUGUUAACACUGUACACCAGCCAAAGGAUAUCACUGGCAUUGAACUAAUCAAAAGGACAGACUUUCAUUUCCUUUUUUGGGCUUACUUAUUUUGUGCGGGACUGCAGCUGAUGUUUCAGAAUAAUAUAGGCGUGUAUCUGAAAUCGUAUAAUCUGGAGAACUAUACAACAUUGUUCACAACCAUUAACCCUAUAGCGGGCGUGGUUUGUAAAUUCCUGGUGGGAUAUAUUUCUGACAUUGUAAUAGAAAAAGUGCCUCGUGUUGGUCUUCUUCUGUUUUUCAACAUUAUACAAACCGCCAUCCUGAUUCUUUGUAUCUUUUUUUCCGACAAACUUGUCAUGCUGGUCGUAGUUUUAAUUGGAAUCGGCUUCUCAAAUGGCGCCCUCUGGUGUUUAACGCCUACAAUGGUUAGUGAAUUUUUUGGGCUGAAGUAUUUCGGACGAAACUGGGGAACCAUCAUAUUUGGAAACGCGUUCGGUGGGUUAGGGAUACAGCAGAUGUUUGGUGUUAUAUAUGAUAAUAGUAUUUCUAUCAAAGGGAUGAAAGAUUGCUACGGUCUUCAUUGCUUUACUUGGAGUUUUGCAUUCGUAUCAGUACUAAGCUUUUGCUCCUGUAUAUUUAAUUAUGGAUUGUUGCAGGGUGAAUUUGAAAAACGAAAGUAUUUGAAGGAAAAUUCUUCAGAGGAAAUGCGUUACGUUGACGCUAGAAAACAAGAAGCAAUUUAGUAAAUGUUUACCUGUCAAAACUUAAAAUCUAUAUCAACUACAUAUGUCUCUAUCACAUUAUCGGCCUGUUAUUCAGUGACUUCGGCCGUGUAUUAUUAUCACUAGUGUAAUACACCAGUGACAAUGUCUCUCCGCUUGAUGAUGUCUUCCAUUAUGUCGGUAUUAUUUGGCUAUUUUAUUAUCGUGCGAUAAAGUGUCAAUUUAAAGAAAGAAUCUUUGGAACAAGUUUAGUUACGCUGACGUAGAAUAUUAUUAAUAACUAGUUACCGAAGUGGCUCAUUUAUGCUAUUUUUUCAGUUAAAUUACUAUAUAUCAACUUCUUACCUAUAAGGUAGCUACUACUCAUUCCUAUGUUUGCCUGAAGGCAUAUGAAGGUCUACUCGUAGUAUUAAUCAGAUUGAAUAUGCUGAUGAAAAAGAUAAAAUAAAACAAAGUAUUCCUGAGAUGAACACGUUUGAUAUUAAGUUAUUUUAUAUGCCUAUUAUGAAGUUGAUUAAAAUCCCUUAUUUCAUGCAAUUUUAUUUAACCCUUUAACGAAGUAUGUAUAUAAGAAACUAUUUCCGCUGAUCCUAUGGAAUUCGUUAUAAACAAAUUUUAUUGUAUAUCAAAACAUGGCUUCUUAAUUAAAAACAACUAUAACUGUUAGAUCGUUGUUGGAAAAUGGUAUGAGGAGUAAAGUUUUUUAAAUGUAUUUCCCUUUAGUUACGAGAAUCCAAGGUGUCCGCAACAGUAUUUUGAAACAUGUAAACAUAUAUUUAUAGAACAAAUUGUACGUAUAGGCUCGGUGACCGCUAUAUCUUAAACCUAUUUCACUAUUUAUAAGAAGAAUGCACCGUUUAAUGAGAGUGAAAUCUACAGAUAGAGUCGCUUUAAAUUCGCGUUUCUCAUAGCGACUCCAUUGUUUUAUUUCACUUCCUGUAAUUGUUAAACCAUAUUUGUUGUUUUGCUUUGCUUCAUUAAUAUGCUCAAUAUACAGACAGUUGUGAAACGUCAAUAAUUAAGAUUGGUAAUGUUUUU